CACAUAAAGUCACUGUGUCUAAAAGCGUACAUCCAUCUUCAGUGGAUGUGUCUGGUUGCUGUAGACUACACAAUGUGGAUUCUAGCUGGGUUGGUGGUUCUGGUGUGUGCUGCAGAUGCCACACCAGUUCUUGGCAGAACAUUUCCUGAUUUUGGAAAGAUGUAUCAUGUCAAAGGUGUGCUGUCUUUGCCUCAUUCUGAGAUAGAGGAGGCAUUUGAAGCUUGGUAUGAUCUUGAGGGGAACAGAAGUCGCAUUGACUAUCGUAAUAGUAUAGUGCGCACCUUUCAGAUUGGAAAUGACUUGGAUUUUGGUGCUAUUUACAAGAUCACACCAGUCCUUCCUCCCAGUGUCAUUAAGUGUUUCCAACUUAAGGGAACUAAAGAGGAUCCAAUAGAGCCACAGGAAGCAAUCCCUGAUGCACAGAGCUUUGAAUUUGAGAAGAUGGAGGAUUGCAAAGGUGCUCAGUGUGAGGUCUGGAAAACCAUCACACAGGCUGGCCAUAAGAAGAACACUUACCGUCUGUGGGUCACACGUGGAGAGGAAGCUUAUUCUCCAGCCACACCACACCGCUUUGAGAUGGAGGGCUUCAACACUCUUCUAGAUUCCCACAAUGACAAAUACAGCAUUGAAUACAGUGACUUCAGCUCACAAACUGAGCCUGAUGUUUUCACUCCACCUGAAGGAAUGGCCUGUGAAGAGUUUCCUGAUCCUCCAGAGGAGCAUCAAAUAAUAGCCAAUCCCAUUCAAGACUAUGUUAGCACCAACCCUGUUAGCCACGCCCACCGUCUGUUUGGCCCCUUUAAGGAGAAGUUUAAUCGUCAGUAUAAAAGCGAGAAGGAGCACGAGGAGCGCGAAAUCAACUUUCUAAAUUCUUUUCGGUUUGUGACCUCUACGAACAGAAAAGGUCUGUCAUUCACCGUCGGUAUUAAUGACCGAUCUGACUGGUCAAGGGCAGAAAAAAGAAAGCACUGUUAAAAUUUAAUUGCUGGCCAACUGAGUAAAUAAAUAUCACUCACGUGAAAAAA